CUGCAAUGAAAAAUUACACUUCUGUUUUCUUUCUUAAAGGGAAAAAGGAAGAAUGCAACAAAACUGAAGUGUGUUCUGUCAUGUUCCUGAACCGCAGCCAUAAGAGCCCUCCCCAGCCCUACCCAAACCAGCCUACUCCCUCUCAAGAGCUCACAGCUGCAGGACUAGAGCCAGAUGUGCCCUGGCAAUAAGGCCUUCUUCCAUGGAGAAGCCCCUCACCAUCCUGCGAGUGAGCCUGUACCAUCCCACGCUGGGCCCAUCUGCCUUUGCCAAUGUCCCAUCACAGCUGCAGCAUGAUACCAGCCCUCUGCUGCUAGGACGGGGGCAGGACACCCACCUCCAGCUGCAGCUCCCCCGCCUCUCCCGCCAUCACCUGUCCCUGGAGCCCUACCUGGAGAAAGGCAGUGCCCUGCUGGCCUUCUGCCUCAAGGCCCUGAGCCGCAAGGGCUGUGUGUGCGUCAAUGGGCUGACACUGAGGUACCUGGAGCAGGUCCCCCUGAGCACCGUCAACAGGGUCUCCUUCUCAGGCAUCCAGAUGCUGGUUCGCUUAGAAGAAGGCACAUCCCUGGAGGCUUUUGUCUGCUAUUUCCAUAUUAGCCCUUCACCCCUGAUUUACAGACCUGAGGCUGAGGAAACUGAUGAAUGGGAAGGCAUCUCCCAGGAGCAGCCUCCCCCUGGUUCAGGGCAGCAGACUCCAGGUUGCCUGGGGUUUCUCCACGGCCCUUCCCAGACUUGGGACAGCCCUCUCCAGCCAAGACCUGGAGGAGGAACAGAAAUACAGCUCCAGAGGGAACCCCCAGACAGUGCACUCUGCUAG